CCUCCUCCCAAGCGGCGCCAACACGAUCCAGGCGUCAGGCGUUGGCGACCUUGGCGGCGUCCGAGAGUCCGCCCAUGCGCCGCGUCCUCAGCAGCGCGCCUGCUGCCGAGAUGAUUGGAGCCGCGGUGGCGGAGAAGGCGGCGGUGCGGGCGCUCUCUGCGCGGGCCGUGUCCACAGCCGCGGCGGUGGCGACGGAGGAGGGUGGCGGCAUCUCGAUGAAGACCAAGGUGCCCGGUCCGGUCGGCCUGCGUCUGAUGGAGCAGCACGGCCCGCAGGGCGCGAGCGGCGGUGCGAUCAGCCUCUUUUGCGACUACCGCGCCUCGGACGGCUGCUACCUCGUUGACGCCGACGGGAACCGGAUGCUCGACAUGUUCUCGCAGAUCGCGUCGCUGCCGCUCGGGUACAACCACCCGAGCCUGCUCGCCGCGCAGGCGGACCCGCUGCUCGCCACCUACUCCACCUCGCGCUGCGCCAUCGGCCUGAUGCCGCCGAUGGAGCUGCCGGAGCUGCUCGACGAGACGUUCCUCAAGAUCGCGCCCGCCGGCCUCAGCCGCGUGCAGACGAUGCUCUGCGGCUCGAGCGCCAACGAGAACGUCUUCAAGGCGGCCAUGUUUGCGUACCGCGCAAAGCAGCGCGCCAAGGCCGGCCGAGGUCCGACCGACUUCACUCGCGACGAGCUCGAGUCGUGCAUGGUCAACCAGUCCCCCGGCUGCGCGAACGACCUCUCCAUCCUCUCCUUCCGCGGGGGCUUCCACGGCCGCACCAUGGCCGCCCUGACAUGCACUCACUCCAAGCCGGUCCACAAGCUGGACGCGCCCGCCUUCGACUGGCCGACGGCCGACUUCCCCGCUCUCCAGUACCCGCUCGAGCAUCACGCGGCUGAGAAUGCGGCCGAGGAGGCGCGGUGCGUGGACGGCGCACGCGCCAUCUUCGAGGCGCGGCUGGCCGAGGGCCGACCCGUCGUCGGCUUCGUCCUCGAGCCGACCCUCCGCCGUGAGGAUGGUGAGUUCGACGCCGCGUUUAUCGUGGAUGAGGUGCAGACGGGCGUGAUGGCGAGCGGCCACAUGUGGGCGCACCAGGCGGCGUGGGGCCUCCCCGAGGCGCCCGACUUUGUCGUCUUCAGCAAGAAGGCGCUGCUCGGCGGCUACUACUUCAAAGAGGCCUUCCAGCCGCCGCAGGGCCGCCACGUCCAGCGGAGGAGCGACACCGACCCGGCUUCUCACUGGCCUGGUCCCUCGCUCACUGCAGGAUACCGCAUCUUCAACACGUGGAUGGGCGACAUGACGAAGCUGCUCCUCUUCCGCGCCGUCCUCGAGGCGGCAGAGCGCGAGGGGCUGCAAGCGCGCGCUGUGAGCACCGGUGCGGCGCUGAUGCGCACUCUCGAGGCCGCGAGGGAGCGGCACCCUCGCGCGGUGCGCAACUUGCGCGGCGCCGGCACCAUCAUCGCCUUUGAUUGCGAGACGCCCGAGAUGCGCGACGAGCUCGCCGCCGCGUUGCGAAACAACGGCGUGCUGGUGGGGACCAACGGCUCUCAGUCGAUCCGCUUCCGGCCCGCCCUCAUCUUUGGCGACGAGCACGUCGACGAGUUUGAGGGCGUGUUUGCGGCGACGCUGCGGCAGCUCGCGCUCUGAGCGGCGGCCCGACGACGACCGUCGCGCCUUCUCCAAGGGCUUGCGUGAUUUUUCUUUGUCUUUGCUCUCGAGACGCGCUCUGGCUCUCGUCCUUUCGGGCCAUCGCGAUCUCUGUCUUCUCUCUAGGAUCGCGAAAGCGUCGCGCUGUACAGUACCCGUUGUGAUAUAUGUUUCAGCCCACUAGCACUACAAAAA